AUGGCGAAGAAGAAGAGGGUUGGCCGGAAGCCUGCCAGUGCUGCUACAGAGAUCGUCGACCAGGAUCCAGAUCUCCCUUCAAUCCAGGAGGAAGCGACAGACCCGGAGCUAGCUGAAGAGUUCCAUGAUACGAUUGAGAAUUUGAGUUCAGAAUUGGGGAUUGAGGUAAAUGAACCAGAGUUGAAUCGUGUUGCUCCGAUUCCUGGAAACUGGGCUGAAGAGGUUGAACAGGCGAAUUACCAAGCGGAUGCCAGGGACCUAUGGAGCAAAUUCAAAUCGAACCAGGUACCUACUCCCUCUACUAAACUUAAUUUUACUGAACCGAUUAAGGUGGGAGAUCAAAUUGUGGCUAAACUUGACCUAGAGGAGAUAGAAGUAGAAGCUUCCUUUUGGAAAAAUGCUAUUGUCUGCUUUGUGUUGGGUGCUAACCCCCCGUUCAAAGUGUUUGAGGGGUUUCUCAAAAGGAUUUGGGGUAACCUAGGCAUAGAACAGGUAGUCCGAAUGAACUCUGGUGGUACUCUGGUUAGGUUUCGGGAUGAAGCAACUCGUGAUCUCAUUCUGGAGGCAGGAGUAAUUCACUUUGACAAGAAGCCAGUGGUGUUAAGGCCAUGGUCAACUGAUCUUGAUUCUUUGAGAAUGGUAAGCUCUGUUCCAGUUUGGAUCCGUUUAAAUGGGUUAGGAUUGCAGUAUUGGGGAAAGAAAAAUUUGAGUGCCUUAGUUAGUACUUUAGGCAAUCCGAUUAUGAUCGAUAAAGUUACGCAAGAUCGAACUAUGGUGAAAUUUGCUCGGGUUCUUGUGGAUAUUGAGAUAACUGAUGAUCCUCCUAAAACUAUCUCUUACAUAAAUGAAAAGAAGCAAUUGGUGGAACAAGGGGUAGAAUAUGAGUGGCUGCCUUCGAGAUGUUCAGCUUGUGCCAAUUUGGGUCACAUUCUUGCUAACUGCAACAGAGAGAAAAAAUUUGUUUGGAAGAGAAAAUCGGAAGCAGAGAUAGGGGCAAAGAAGGAGCAGGAAAAAGAAGUUUGUGCAACUGGGGAAGAUGCUGAAUUGAUAGUUAACAAUGAAGAAAAUGGUAGUGGUAUGAUGCCUGUGGUUAAGGAGAAUGCUAGAAGGCAAGAACAAGAUAAAACGCAAGCUAACAAAGAUUGGGUUACACCCAAGAGGAAAGCAGUGAGACAAAUGGAGGGCAAGGCGAUGAAUGAUAAUACAAAAGGCUCUAAGUCAAUUAAUUGUUUUGCUGCUCUGCAGAUGACAAGAGAAGAUGAGAUUAAGGCACUGGACCCUCCUACUUUUAAUGAUGGAAGUCAAUAA